AUGCUGAUGAGAGCUCAGGCUGACGAAGAAGGUGACAAAACGUUUCAGACAAGUGUCGACCGGUCAGACGAAUGGACUGACGGUCGGGCAAAACCAGAAACCCGAGACCUGAGACCAGAAACCCGAGACCCGAGACCAGAAACCCGAGACCCGAGACCAGAAACCCGAGACCCGAGACCAGAGACCAGAAACCCGAGACCAGAAACCCGAGACCCGAGACCAGAAACCCGAGACCCGAGAUCAGAAACCCGAGACCCGAGACCCGAAACCCGAAAUCCGAGACCCGAAACCCGAAACCCGAAACCCGAAACCCGAAACCCGAAACCCGAAACCCGAGACCCGAAACCCGAAACCCGAGACCCGAAACCCGAGACCCGAAACCCGAGACCCGAGCGAGGUGAAACUGCGCUCGGGAAACCCACCUGCGAUUGA